CAUUUUAGUGUCAAAAGCACACCACAUGUAUUUUAGGAAAUAAAGAAACAGAAAAGUAAAAAGAAAAAAGGGUUUUUUUCUUACACAUAUAUAUAUAUAUAUUUUUUUUUAAUCAAAUAAUAUACAUAUAUAAAAUAAAAAACAAAUUUAAUUUUCGAAAGUUAAAAAAUCUUAAAAAAAUAAAUAUGAAAGUGGAAUUUGUUGUAUAAAAGAAAAAAAAUCUAUAAAAAAUAUUUAAAAAAGCGUUUUUUUCUGUGUUUGUAAAAAAAAAAAGAAAAAAAAGUGAAAUAAAUUUUUUAGACGUGGAUAAAAAAAAAUUUCAAAAAAGAAAUUUUUGUUUAGAGCAGCACCUUUCGGACGUCAAAAAGCAAGCAAGCUAAAAAAAAAAGCGAGAAAAAUUUUUUUAUUUAAUCAAAAAAAAAGUUACAGCGAAAUUUUUUUAAAUCGCCAACAAGAUUUUUUAGACUUUUUUUUUUGAAAUUUUUUUUUAUUAUAAAACUUUGGAAUACUUCGAGAACUCUUAAUUUUUUUUAAUAAUUUUUUUUUUUGUAUAAAAUUCAAGAAAUUUUGGGUGUUGUAAUGUAGAAAAAUAUUUGGGUGAAAAAAUAAAAGAGAAAAAAAAGAAGGAAAUGUGCGAAUUCGAAAAAAGUAGCAUUAUUUUUUUUCUCUGUGUGUAGCUAAUUUAAAAAAAAAGGAAAUUAAAUGAAAGAAGAGUAUAUUUUGAUGAAGAAAAGAAAACAAUUAAUAAAAUUGAAAAAUUAAAAAAAAAAUUAAUAAAAUUUACACACAUACUUUUAAAAAAGCAAUAAAGCUAUAUAAAAGUUAUAUAAAAAAGAACGGUAAAACGUAUAAAAGAUUCGAAAUAAUAAAAAUACAAAAAAAUUAAAUGAAUAAAAAUUUUUAUACCAGAAAAUAAAAAAAGAAAGAAAAAACCUUAAAACGUUACAAAUAAAAAUUAAAAAAAUUAAUUGAAAAAUUGCUGUGUAAAACAAAAAAUUGAAAAUUAAAUAAGAUAUUUUAUUAAAUUAAAUGAAAAUAUUUUAAUAAAAGACCUGUAGUAUAUUUUUUAAAAUUUGAAAAUAUUAUAUUUUUUUUUUUUUUUUUAUAAUUAUUAAUUAUUUUUAAUUAUUAUUAUUAAAACAACUUUUUCUUGUUAAGAAUUUUUCUAUAAAUUUAAAAUUUUUUUCACAUUUCAUUUUUUAAUAAUAUUUUAAUAAUAAAUAAUACAUACAAUAAAUUUAUUUUAUAAAAAAAUACUUAAACUAAUUAAAAAUAAAAAUUAAAAUUGACAAUUAAUUUUUAAAUUAAACAUAAAAGAAAAAGCAGUACACCAAUCCCAGUAUAACUGUUAAAUUAAUUAAGACUCUCUUAUUUGUUAGAAAGAAAAAUCUCUCUCGUUAAAUUUGAACAAAAAAAAAAAAUAAUUUAGAACAAAUAAAAAAUACAAAGUUAAUAAAAAAAAAACUUUUGGAUAUUUUGAGAAAAACUGCAAAAUUUUAAGAAAAACAAUAAAGAAAAAAAAUCGAAUUGAAAAGGGAAAGAUAGGAGAGAAAAACAACCCAACAAACGAAGAUAAAAAAAAUUCAAUAGAAAAACAAACAAGAAUAGAAAAAAAAAUAGAGACAAAAACAAGUGCGUGCAAGUGAAAAAAAAUUUACUGUUGAUUAUUUUGUUUUUUAAUUUUUUGUUUUUUUUUUUUUUAUUUUGAAUUUUUUUAAAAAAAUAGUUUGAUACAUAAUUUUUUUUUCCCGCCUUUCGUUAAAAAUAUAAAGACAAGAACAAUAAGAACAAAAAAAAAGAAAGAGGAAAAAAAACUUUCGUAUCCCUUUUUAUUAUUACUUUUGUUUUUUUUUCCUGCUGGGAUUUAAAUUAACGGUAAAGACACACUGUAUCCAUCAGUAUUUGGAUUAUUAGGAUCAGAUGGUUAUGUAGCAGCGUCAUCAGCUGGUUAUUCAGCUCCCCAAAGUGGGCCACCCCAUCAAGGUCCACCAACUUUAAUACGCGGUAUGCAAUCAACAACAUCAUCUACACCGCCUCAAAAACAAGAUUUAAGCAAAAUGCAACCGUCACAACAGUUUGUGCCUUCAGGGAAUUCAAAUACAUCUGGUAAUGUACGACCACAACAGCCACAAAUAUUUAGAAGUACACAACCAGCAACAGUUCAACGUAAUCAUCCAAGACAUAAUUCAACGUUAAUGACACAACAACUAUAUCCACAACAAAUACAACCACUUAUGAUGCCAUUUCAUCAACCGCAACCAUAUACACAACAACGUACUGUACAAUUUCCAUCGUAUCCAACAUUUUCACAAUUUCAAUUACAAAAUCAUGCAUAUAGUGGUCAACAUCAAAUUUACUUUCCAAGUGUCCAACAAACAGCAAUAUUACCAACAUCUGGUGUACCAAGUGGUAUACCAGCUGCAACAGCUGCUGGACAACAUCGUGUUGUACCAAGCGGUAGUAUUGUACAAACAUCAAAUGGUCAAAUAUUAACUGGUCCAACUGGUGCACCAUCACAAAGUCAAUUAUUAACAAGUAUAACACAGGCUACUGCAAAUCAAGGUGCAUCAGCACAAGUUGCUAGCGUUCAAGUUGCCGGUACAAAUACAGCAAUUGUUGGUGGUGUUGUUACUGGUCCAGGACAGCAACCGGCUGGUUCCGGUAUCGUCGGUCAUAGUUCAACAAAAAGAAGAGAAAGAACACAUGCAAUACCAAUAAUAGAUCCUCUUACAAAUAAAGAUGUAUUGGAAGAUUUUAAAAUUCCUAAGACUCAAAAUGCUACUAGUAAUGAACUAGAAUAUCAGGAAAACCAAUUAGCAAAUAGUGGUAUUGUAAAUAAUGUAGUUGAUGUAUUAGAAAAUACUUCAAUUCCUUCAGAAUUUGUUGAACAAACGAAAAGUAUGCAAGGAAUUACUUAUACGGAUAUACCUCAAAAAAUGACUGAAAUGUUGAUUGAAACUCCAAUAGUAUCUGCAAAAACGAAUGCACCAUCAGUCGAAAUACAUCAACAUAAGCCGCAGAAAAGAAAAAAUAAACCAAUUGAAAUUGUCGCGCCACCGCAAACAGAAACAGUGGUUAAGACUGUAUCGGAUGAAAAUAGUCGAACUGCUAAUAAUAAUAACAAUAACACUCAAAAGAUAAUAUUGUCCUGUACUAAUGUACAACAGCCAGAACAACAGCAAAGCAAAAGUGUGCCGCAACAAGAUUCAAAUAAAUUAACAACAUAUUCGGCACCAAUUCAACAUCAACAACAAUACAUCAAUCAACCAUCGGUUUCGGUAUCAAGCACAUCAUCUUUGUCGUCAUCACCAUCGUCGUCGUCUUCUCCAAUAACAUCCAUUCCUGUUCAAGUAAAUAAUAAUAGUAUUAUUACACAGCAACAACAACAACAUCAGCAACAGUAUCAACAACAGCAGUUACCUGUUCAACAACAACAACAACAACAGCAGCAACAUCAUCAAACAGUAUCUGUUUCUCAAAAUCAAAUACAACCCCAGCAGCAACAUCAACAGCAACAUCAACAAUAUCAACAAAAGGAUAAUAAAUUAAGUGGUGUUAAUCAUAAUAAUCAGCAAAAUCAAGGGAAUACCAAUAAAUUUAUGAACACGGUUGGAUCUUCAAAUGCAUUAUCAUCGCAACAAAAAUCACAAUCUACUAGGCAACAACAACACCACCAACAACAACAACAUCAGCAACAACAGCAUCAACAACAACAACAAUUGAACCGUAAUAGUGAACUUGUUAAACAGCAACAACAACAUCAAUCAACAAAUCGGUCUAAUAACAACAAUAGUAGUAAUAAUUCAUUUACAACAACAGAUUUAUCAAGCAAUAGUACAGUAAACAAUAUUAGUAAUAAUGCAAUUUCUACUGAUUUAACGCAGCAACAGCAGCAACGUGCUGUUUCAUUAAAUACAACUGUUGCACAAUCAACUCAACAAUUAGGUCCAGCAACGGUCGCGACAACAACUAAAUCGCAAAAUAACUAUAAAACAAAUAUUGAAAGUAAAAAUUUAAGUGGUUCUAAUAAUAAUAACAAUAAUACGAAUCUUAAUGAUAAUAAUUUAUUGGUACAUUCAACAACAGGACAAACACAAUCGCAACAUCGUAUACAACAACACCAACAACAGCAACAUUGUAUAGGAGGAACAUCUACAGCACCGAUAUCAACACCAACAUCAUCGUCAUCUUCAUCACAAACGAUAACAAUGGCUUCAACAAUAGUCCAACCAAUCAAUUCUAAUACAGCAUCUUCAACAGCAAAUACAAUUAAAGAUAACAAUAAUGUUAAUACUAACACGACGAAUAGUAAUAGCACGUCAAAAAUUAAUAAUUUUUCAAAAGAUGAAACUGAUCGUUCAAUAAAAUUAGAAAAUGUUGACAUCAUUAACAAUAAUAAUGAAAGUAAAAUUCACUCAACAUUGACAUCACCAUCGUCAAGUGAAGAUAAAUUAAAUCAAAAUAUUGGUAAUUUUAAAACGAAAUCAUUGAGUAAUGAUAAUUUUUCAACAACAACAGCAACUUCAGCUGGCGUUGAUACUUCAAACAUUUUGUCAGCAAAUACAGCAAUAACAACAACAUCGUCAACAAAUACAACAAGUAAUAUCGGAAAUAACUCAAUAAAUAAUAGCAAUAAUAAUAAUACUAGUACUAAUAAUGUCAACAAUAAUAAUAAUAAUAGUAAUAAUAAUAAUAACAAUACUAAUAAUAAUAAAAGAAAUAUUGUUAAUAGCGCUAAUACUAAAAAAUUAGAUUGUGAUAUUAAUAUGUCGAAUGGUACAGCAAAUAGUUCGCAAACAGAAUCUUCUCAAAUUACACCUAAUACGGGAUCAGGAUCAUCGAUAACAAAUAAUUCUAAAAAUGAUAGUGAUGCGGUAACAUCAACUGAUGAAUCUAAUCAUUCUAUAGGUACUCAAUCUAAUUUAUUAAAUAAUAAAUCAAAAGAUGGUGAAAAUGUUAAUAAUAGUAGCAUAGCAAUUACAAAAUCAAAUUCAGCUUCAGCAGCUACUCCAUCUUUAAUUAAUAGCAAUAAUACAGGUGUUAAUUUUCAAUCAUCGACAACAUCAUCAUCUGUUAGCUCGUUAAUAUCAUAUAAUGAUGGACAAUGGUCACCUCAGAAUCGUGAUGGUAAUAAAGUUUAUAACCGUAGUCAAUUAUUAUCACUACGUCAUGUACCAUUAUCAAAUGUUAAACCUCCAGUAACUAGUAAAGUAGCCCAAAUGAUAUCAACGAGUGCACGUCCACCACAACCAAAUUUAAUGCCAAUGUUUGCACGUACUUCUAAUAAUAAACGUAAUCAAUCUAUGGGUAAUCCAAUGCCAUCUGGUUCAUCUAGUUCAUUAGGUGCUAAUACAUUUUCGAAAAAUCAUUCAACGUCUAUAGUCAAUCCAAAAAACAAUUUUAAAGGUAGUAAAAGUGGUGAAAUACAUGUAAGUUUAUCGUUACGGGAAGAUGUUAAAUUAAAUGAAACUGAAAAUGCAUGGCGUCCAUCGCAUUUAAUAAGUGACAUGACAGCUGAUGAACGUAAUAAAGAGGAGUUAAAACGUAAAGUACGUGGUAUAUUGAAUAAAUUAACACCAGAAAAAUUUGAUCCUUUAGUUGCUCAAAUAAUUGAACUACAAAUUGAUACUGUUGAACAAGUAAAUGAUGUAAUGGUAUUAGUAUUUGAAAAAGCGAUUGACGAACCAAAUUUUUCACAAGAAUAUGCAAAAUUAUGUGCUCGUUUAGCUAAAGACUUGAAUAUUGCAACUGAUAAACAGGCAUCGACAAAAAAUUUAGCAAUAUUUCGUAAUACCUUGUUAGAUAAAACUGAACGUGAAUUUACAGAAAAUGUUACUAAUCAAGAAUCAAAAGAACGUCGUUUACGUCCAAUUAAAGAAAAAUUAAAAGAAUGUCAAGAUCCAGAAAAGAAAUUAGAAUUGCAAGUUCAAUUAGAAGAGGAAGAACGUAAAAUUCGUAGACGUAGCGGUGGCACCGUACGUUUUAUUGGUGAAUUAUUUAAAUUAUCAAUGUUAACUGGUAAUAUAAUGAGAUCUUGUAUAACUCAAUUAUUGGAUCCAUCAUCUGAAGAUAAACUAGAAUGUUUAUGUAAAUUAUUAACAACUGUGGGUCAAAAAUAUGAAACAUGUCAUGAUGCAAGAUCAAAAAAUAAAGUUUUGUCUUUAGAUAAUGUUGUUGAGAAAAUGCAAAAUAUUGUUGAUCGUAAAGAAGGUACUAAAAUAAGUAGUAGAAUACGUUUUAUGCUUCAAGAUGUUAUUGAUUUACGUAAAAAUCGUUGGAUAUCAACACGUACAGAUACACCAAAAACAAUGGAUCAAAUUCAAAAGGAAGCUAAGAAUGAACAAAUUUCAAAUCAGUAUAUGAAUUAUAGUAAUUCAAUUCUUGGUAGUAGUGGUAAUGCUGGUAAUAGUGGCUCUGGUAAUAAUAAUACUGGCAAUAAUAAAAAAGAUAAUGAUUCUGUCGGCAGACGUGGUGGUAAUACAUUUGGUAGUGGUUCUGUUAGUGGUUAUGGUUCCGGAUCUGGUGUUAGUUCACAAAUGUCGUAUGGUGGUAAUAGCGGUAGUGGUAAUCGUGGUGGUAAUAAUGAUUAUUAUAAUAAAAAUCGCAAUAGUAAUAACCAACAACAAGAUGGCGAUGCAUGGUUUACUCAAACAUCAAAAGGUAAAGCUGUCGAUGCGAAUAAAUUAGGACAAAUGUCAAAUCUAAAUUAUGAUGAUACUGGUGAUACAAAAUUGGGUGCAUACACACAAUUCAUGUGGAACAAUAGACCAGCAUCAACAUCAAAUUCGUUUGCUGCUUUAUCUGGUUUAGAUUCAAAUAAGAAUAGUAAUAGUGGACCACGGAGUAAAGGUUCAUUCAAUAAAAGUUCAAUGGAAAGAGAUCGUUAUGGUUCAACUCAUGGAUCUAGAGAAUCUUCAUCAUCUAGAAAUCAAUCAAAUAAUCGUAAUGAUAUGAAUGACAGAUUGAGAGGUGAUCGUGAUAUAAGAGAUAGAAACGAUCGUAGCGAUCGUUCAGCAUCAGGUAUAGCCAUGCAGAAAACGUCUAGUCAACAAAAUUAUAAUUUAUCAAGCACAUCGGUAUCUUCGAAUUCAUCAUCUAGACCUUCGUCAAAGGUAAUUGCAACGAAUAUUCAAGGUAACACUGUUCAGACACAAGCAACUCAACAACAGCAAUUUGAUCCAGUUGAAGAUUGUCCAAAUUCAUUUUUGGCAGCGCUAAAACAAAUUGUUGAUAUAAAAUUAGAAGAUGAAGAAAUGGAUUUAAUUGAUCCAAUUGUAUUAAAUUUUCCUGAAACAAAACGUUGGGGUUUUUUUUAUUAUAUAUUAUAUAAUUAUUUACAUAUGGGUCAAGUGAAAUGUUUACAUAGGAAACAUUUAGCACAUAUUACAGAAUAUCUGUUAAAGAAGAAUAUAACUACUUUAGAGGAUAUUAAAAAAGGCAUGUUAGAAUUUAGUCCAUUUGCAGCUGAUGUUCGUAUUGAUGUUCCUGAUGCAUGGCAAUAUAUUUUUGAAUAUUUUGGACCUUUGAUACAUAAGAAAAUUCUAAAUAUAAAUGAUAUAUGGAAUGAUACCUUAAAAGAAACAGAUCAAGGUACAAAAUUCCUUAAGCAUUUUAUUUUGUAUUGCACCAAAGAAAUUGGACCGAAUUAUAUGCAGCAAUUAUGGAGGGCCCAAAAUUUAAAAUGGACAGAUUUUAUUAAUGAAAGUGAUGUUAAAAAAUUCAUUGAAGAAAAUAAAUUUCAAUUCAUUGAAUCAAAUAUUCGAUAUGAAGUUACUAGAGAAGAAGAUAUUAAUAAGGUUUUGGGUCGUGUUAGAGAAUUAUUGAAGGAAAACACAAGUUAUGAUGAAAUAAUUGAUUAUUUAUCGGCAAAUAUAAAUAUAAUCACUCCUAAUAAAGAAUUUAUACGUGGUUUGACAACGGAAUUAAUAAAUUACAGUAUAUCAACUGUGAAAAAUACUUAUAAAUUAGAUAAGCAACGUUUUAAAGAUGUAUGUUCCCGACUUUUGGAGCGUUAUAUUGAUUCAAAAGCUGCAAAUGAAAUGGAAUGUUUAUAUGCUGUACAAUUAAUAGGGCAUCACUUAGAGCAUCCACCAGGGCUUCUUUAUGACAUAUUCUGUCAAUUAUAUGAUUUAGAUAUAAUUAAUCAAGAUUCCUUUCAUUGUUGGUUGAACUCAGACAAAGAACAAGCUGGAAAAGGUGUUGCCGUUAAAGCACUUACUUCAUUCUUUAGUGAUGUUAUAAAUAAUGAAACUAGCGAUGAAAAUAAUUAGCAGAAAUUUUUACUAACUUAUUUUUUUUUUUAAAAAGCGUAUGAAAUUUUGAUUGAAAAAUUUAUUUAAGAAAUUAAAAAUUUAAAUUUUAUAUAUGUGUGUAUACGUAUAUUUAUAUAUAUAUAUGCAUGCAUAUUCAUACAUUUCAUAUAUAUAUAUAUACAUACAUACAUAUGUAUAUGCAUAUAUAUUUAUGUACACAUUUAUAUUUAUUAUUUAAAGGUAUGAAAAAGAAAAAUUAUAAAUAAUAAAAAAGAAAAAUUAUCAAUAAUAAAAAAAAAUCAUUUCGAUUCCAAUGAUAAUGAUGAAACUAUAUAUAUAUAUAGAAACUAUAUAUAUAUAUAUAUAUAUAUAUAUGGUAUAUAUAUUUAUAUGUAUAUUUAUAUAUAUAAUAUUAAAAUGCGCCAAAAUAUUUAUAAUUCAUGAUUCAAAUUUCAAAUAUUCGAAUCUAUUUGAUUUUAAAUGGUUUUUUCUUUCGAUUUGUAAAAAUAUUUUGUACGAAUUUUGUAAUUACAUUCAUUCCUCGCUAUUAUGUUCCGGAAAUGUUGUCCGCAAAUCGAAAUUCCGUAAAUCGAAUCUUUUUACUCACAUUACUCUAUUAUCACAUAAUUUUUUACCUAUACUCAUAUAGGUACAUAUAUUUCUUGUUAAUUUGCAAAAGAUAUAGUAGAAUUUUAUUAUUAUUAAAACAUUUGACAACAAGAACCAAUUACAUACAUAAAUUCUUCAUAUUAUUUUGCUCGGAUCUCUGUUUCAUAUAAAACAUUAGAUUAUAUAUACAUACAUAACCGCAAUGGUUUUUAUGUAUUUACAUAAUAUUAAACAUGUAUGUAUAUUUAAACAAAAAAUUACAUUUUAAAAAAAAAUGUAGUUUAAAAUUUAAACUACAAUUUUUUUUUGCAUUUUAAAAGCUUUCCGUAAAAAGAGACUUUGGUUUAAUUUUUUGAAUUCCGUAUAACGAGCUUCCAUUAAGCGAGGACUCUUGAUUUUAAUAUAUUUGAAAUGAUUUUCAAAAUUUCAAGAAGCGAAACAAAAAUGACAUUUUUUGUUAAAAAAAAAACAAAAAAAAAAUAUAUAUGAAUUAUUUUCCUUUAUAAUUGAAAACCUGAAAAAAAAAAUUUUUGAGUGCAAAAUGUUUUUUCUCAGUGUAUCUUUUAUAAUGGCAACGAUCAUUCAAAAUUGCAGUCAAUAAAAUUUAAAUUGUUUGUUUUGUGUGAAACAAUUUAUUCGAUGUUACAUAAAAAUUUGUGCCAAAUAUUUGAUACAUUGGAAAAAAGGUUGGUUUGUAAACCUUUUUCAUUGUUAUUAUUUUUAUUUUUUUUAAUUGAAUCGUGAUUUAUAUGGCAAUUAUGUAUAUAUAUAUAUAUAUAUAUAUAUAUAUAUAUAUAUAUAUAUUAUUUUUUAUGUAUAUAGGAAUAUAAUAUUAUUUCUAUUAUUAUUAUAAUUAUUAAUUACUAUUACGAUUGUAUAAAAUAUUUGGAUUAUAAAAUAAAAUGAAAAACAUUUGAUGGAUUAUUCAUAGUAGGAAAAAAGUCCUUAUUAGUUUUUUCCCUUUUUUUUAAUUUUUAAAAAAAUAUUUUUUAUGUAUUUAAAUAUUAUUGCAAAAGAAAACAAACGUAAAAAAACACUAAAAAAUAAGUUCAGAUUUUUGGUUUAUAUCAAUUUAACGUUGUAUAAAAGAUAUAGAUACCUUCUGUUUUUUAAAAAAUAUAUAUAUAUAUUUUUUAUAUUAUAUAUAUGUUUUGAAUAUAUAUUUUAUAAUUUAAAACGAGCUUUAGAUAAUUAAAAAAUAUUUAAAUGAAUUUUUUGUGUAUGUAAUGUGUCUUUAUACUGAGAUUGUUCGGUUUUAUCUUAGUUUAAUUGAAAAAUAUGUUAUAUAUAUAACUAUUUAAAAAAAUUGAAGAAAAAAGUUUGUUACCUAUGUAAUAUGUGUUCUCUUGAAUCGAGUUUUUACUGAAAAUAUUAAAAUUUUCAGUAUAGAUUUUUUUGAAAAAUAAUUCCAAUCACGUGAAAUGAAAUGCAACAUUCAAGAGAAAUUAACAUGGCGGGUAUAUAAAGAUAUUUGAUAAAAUAAAAACACUGGUUGUUAUUUUAAAAUUUUUUUGGUUAGUAAAAAAUUAAUUAAUUGCGAGAUGAUAAAAUAGAUAAUUUUUUUAAAAAAUCAAUUUCAUUUUUGAAAUUAUGAUAUAGGCUUCAUAUGAUGUAAAUUUCUUAUAUAAACUUAUUUCUUUUUCAUUAUUAUUUUUAUUUUCUUUUUAUAGAAAAAGGAAAUACGUUUUUAUAAAUGCAGCGUGUUGUAAAAGGACAUAACAUUGUAUUUAUCAUAUAAAUCAUAUAUGUUUUUAUCAUAUAAAUUUAAAAAGAAUGAAUUUCAAAUAUUUUUUCAAUCUCAGUAUAUAAAUUAUGUGUUGUCAUAAACUUAUAAAUACUUGGUAUUUUGAUAGCACUAUGAUAGUUUAGGUACAAUGAGAUAACAGUUUUGUGUCUCGUUACGUGCCGAUGGAAUAUACCUUUCAUUUUCCUACUUGUGGAAUACCACUACAAAUUGUACGUAAAAAAACAGAAGGAUAAAUAUUUUUGAUCGAUAAAAAUGUAGUUUUUUUUUGGAUCUUUUUUUUUUGUUUUCAAAAAUUAAUAUGAUCAAAUAAAUAAUUAGUUAUAUAUUUAAAAUAAAAGAAUUCAAUAAAUGAUACAUAUAUUUAGAUAUAUAUAUAAUACUUUUUUCUUUUGAUUUCAUUUUUUUUUUAUUUCUUUCUAGUUUUUAAGAAAAAAAAAAUGGUAUAAAGUAUGUAAAACCACAAAUAAACAUGAAGUUACAAAAAAAUUAAAGUAAAAAAGCAAAUUUGAUUAAAAAUUUAAGUAAAAUAAUAAUGUAAAAUUGCGAAGUUUAUAUGUAUAUAUAUAAACAUAAAUAUAUAAGUGUAUAUUUAAUAUAUGUAUACCUAUGCAUAUAUAUACAUAUAUAACAAUGAAGUUAUAAAAAAAAGUAAAAAGAUUGUUAAGUAUAUAAGUAAAAAAAAAAAACAAAAAAAAACAUAAAAAAAUUAUAUAUAACAUUUUUUUAUAUAAAUAUUUUAUAUACACAACUAUAUUAUAUUGAGAGCAAAUGGUAUCUUAAAAUUAAUUUAAAAAACAUAUAUAUAUAAUAAAAACUUAAAAACAAAAAUUAUAUAAAUAUGUAUAAAUAUAUAAAGAUAUAUAUAAAUUUGAAAAAGAAAAUUAUAUAUACAUUUAUAUAUGUAUACAUAUUAAAUAAAUUAGUAUAUACAUAUAUAUAUAUACAUACUAAUUAGUUAUGUAUAAUAUGAGAGAUAUGUAUAUAUAUAAAAAAUAGCACAUAAUGUAAAUUUAAAAAUUAAAACAAAACAAAAUAAAAAGUUAAAAAAAAAAACGUAAAAUUCAAAAAAUUACAAAAAAAAAACGCGAAAAAAAUUAUAAGUAAAAUAUAAAUACAAAAUUUGAUGAAAUUUGAAUUGAUAAAUUUAAAAGAAAAAACUAAAAGAAAUUAAAAUUGAAUAAAAUAAAAAAAUAAGAAAAUUUAAUAAAAAAUCGAUUAAAUAAAGUAAAAAAUAAAAAAAAAACGUAAAAGAAAAUUGAAAACACACCAUAUACAAACACUGAAAAAUAUACAAGAGGUAUAUAUGUAUAUAUUCAAAAAAUGCAUCUAUAUAUUUGUAUAAAACAAAAAAUAUAUAAAUUCAAAAGUAGUAUAAAAAUUUAAAAAAAAUGAAAAGAGAAAGAAAAAAUUUUUUCUCUUACUAAAAAUUAAUUAAUUAAACUUAAAAAUAAAUUUAAAAUGCAAUAUUUGAUUGGUAAAACAAAAAAAAAUAAAGAUACAAAUAACAGCAUAAUGAAAAUAACUUAAAAAAAAGGUUGAGUAAAAAAUGAAUUUUUUUUUUAUAAUUCUCCUCUGUGUUAAUCGCGAAAAAAUGAGUGUUUAUUUUUAUAAACAAUGAAUUAUAAGACAUUAUAAUAUAUAUUGAGCGCUUAUUGUAUGCGUUUUUUUUAAAUUUUGGUUUUGUUAAUUUUUUUUAAUUUUUAUUAAAACUAAAGAAUAUAUAUCACGAAUUUCUCCACAAGAAAGAGUUGGUGCAUAAACAGACCUCUUUAAAAAUACACACUUUUAACAUAUUCCAAAAAGAAAAAGUUAAAAUGCCAAUUGAAAAAACAAAAAAAGAUGCUCUUUUGAACUUUUUUUAACAAUAACAUAGUCAUAGGAUAAAAAGUUUUUUAAAAAUACUAAUUUUGAAAACGAGCACAUAAUAAUACUGAAAAAAAUGAAAAAAAUUUAAUUAAUUUGAUUCACAAUUAAGCGAAACCAUUUUUUUGCGAAUUUUUUCAAACUAAAAACAUUCAGAAAAACUUAUGAGCAUACGUCUCUAUAUAUAUGCAAAUUUUCAUUUCAAUUAUGUAUUAAAUUAUAAUGUUAUUUUAUUGUAACAUUAUAUGUUAAAAUUCAUCAUUUAUCAGUUUUUAAUAUAAAACGAAAAUUUAUUAAAUAUUACUUAAAUUAUGUAUUUAAAUUUUCUUUUUCUUUUUAGAAAAGUUAAUAUUCUAUUAUUUUACAUAUUUUGAGUAAGUUGUAAAUAAAAGUUUUUUAGUUAAUUUUUUUUUGUUCAGUCAGACAUCCAAAUAUAUUUUGAUAUUAAUAAGAGUUGUGUUGAAAGUUUUGCAAUGAUUUAAAGAUUAUGAAAUUGUGUAUGCUCUAAAAAUUUUUUUUGUUAAUAAAAUUUUAAAAAUAAAUCAAAAAAGAGAAAACAAAUUUCAUACUAAAUUCAAAAAUUAAAUGAUAUCUUACAACACAGAUUUGUUAUAAAUUUGAUAACAAUAAAAAAUGUAAAUGUAAAUAUAAAAUUAAAACAAAAAUAAAUACAAUAUUAAAAAAAAGAAAGGAAAACAGAAAUAGAUAUUAAAUAUCCAAAAUGAAAUUAAUUAAUAAUUAAUUACUAGAUAUUGAAAAUGAAAUUAAUUAAUAAAAAAUUAAGCAAAAAAAAACAAAAUAUUGGUGAUUUAAAACUUUUUAUUUACAAAAUAAUAGUAAUGUGUAAAAUUAUAUAAAUGAUAUUAAUUUAAAAUAUUAAAUAAAAAUUACCCAUACAACAUGAAUAACUUGAAAUAAUGGUAUUUGAAAUUUUUUAAAUUUUCAUGAACUGAAAACAAGCAAUAUUUCAUUUCAUGUGUCUUUAUUAGAACAUUGGUGAAUAUUUUUUAAUCGUAUUAAAGGGAAAAAUGCUAAACAUUUUUUUUAAAGCAUUAUUAAAUAGGGAACUUGAAAUUUGGCACAAUGAUUAUAACAGUAUUAUAAAUUUUAAACGUAAAUAAAAAGCAGACGCAGUUGCAUUCGGUAUAAAAGACCCAAUGCAUCGACAUUACAGCAAAUACAAUUCGGAAAUUCUUGACUUAUCGAACCUAAAUAAACACAAAUUCUUCGAACAUUUUCUUCAAUCCAAAAAAAUUUUUUUUAGUUUGUUAUUUUACAAAAAAUGUUUAUUUACUUAUAUAAAUUUGUAAGUAGUAACAGGUUUUUGUGAUAAUUAAUUUUCGUUCUUGUAUUUUUUAAAAGCAAAAAUUAAAAUUAAAAAAAAAAAACUUGUUUUGAAAUAGAAAAAGUUAUUUAGAAUUGCAAUAAUAAAAAUUUAAAGAAAAAAAUAUUAGAUUUGAUCCAUCUUUUAAAAGGACAUUACCAAAUCUCUUCUGGGGCUGUUAGUGGAAAAUAUCUAACAAUAAAUUUCAUUAACUUUCAUGUUGAUAUAAUACAAUAUAUGGUUAACGAUUUUAAUUAAAAAUCUAGUGUCAAUCAAAUAUGGACAGGAAUUUCUUCCCAAGCCUCUGCUAAUUGUGGUUACUUUUUUUUAACGUGAAUUAUCAUCCAUUUUGACAUAAUCAACUCUUUAAGCUAAAAUAUACCAUUAUUUUAUAUAUCACUGAUUUUAAACUUUUUUCUUUCGAAUUAUCGAAAAACUUAUCGACUGCGCAAAAUUAUUUUCUGAAUUAAUUUUUGUUUUCCAAUUACACAGUUACACUAUUUUCUUUUUUUGAAUAAAAAAAAAAUUAUUUUAAGUUGAAAAAAGUAACAAACAAAUCUGAAUUCAUGAAAAAAAAGUUUCUUUUAUUUUGUCAUACACGAAAUUCUGUAAUACACAAAAGUUUCUAUUGUUGGAACUUAUAAAAUAAAUCGAAUGAAAAAUAAAAUAAAGCUAAAUUAAAAAUGGUUUAAACAAUGCAAAAUACACACAGCUGCUUAAAAAAUGUGUAGAAAUAAAAAAGAAUUAUUAUAUUACAUUGAAAAAACAAACACAAUAUUUAUAUAUAUAUAUAUAUAUAUAUACAUACGUUUAUUAAUUAUAAAACUGUAAUACAUAUUGUGUUAUAAAUUAAUAUGAAAUACUAAAAAAUAAAGAUUUAUUUGAACAAGCAAAACAAGACAUUUAAAUAAAAAUAAUUAAAAACUUAGAAAAAUACAAAAAAAACACAAAAAUAUAAUUAAAUUAUGUAAAACCAUAAUAGAAAAAAUAUGUGUGUAUGUAUAUACAUAUAUAUAUAUAAUUUUAUUUAUAUAUAUAUUUAUAUAAUAUAAAAAUGAGAAAAGAAAAACUAAUUAUACAAUAAUUACUAAAGCUAAAAAUAACUAAAGUAAAACCGAGUAAACAAAUAUUUAGUAAAAAAAAAGAUCGAUAAAGAAAUCUGAAAGAAGAAGCAAAAUCAAAAGUUCUCUGAAAAUAUCAUUAAGAAUUAAAUAAAAAACUAAACUUUGUAUUAAAAUCAAUAAUUUUUAGUGAAAAUACACAAAAAAAAAUAAGAAGUAUGUUUAUAUAUAUAUAUAUAUACAUAUAUAUAUAUAGUAUAUUAAAUGUAUAGCUAAAUAAAAAUAAAUUGAAUUAAACCAAAAAUAAAAGGAAAUUAGAAAAUUUUAAAGAAAAUCAAAAAAGAUAUUGUCAAGUAAAAUAUAAUAUGUACAUACAUAUAUACCAAUAUACAUCCACACAUCGCGUAUAAAUAUACAUAUGAUUAUAUAUAAGUCAGAUAUGUAUAUAUAUAUUAUGUAAACAAAAUAUUAUUUACAAGAUCGGGACAGAAAAAGAAAUAAAUAAAAAAAUAUUUCGUGCACACACUCCACAUACACACACACACAUUAUCAGAGCGAACCGUUAAAGAGAGGGAGAAAAAUAAAAAAAAAAGAAAGGAAAAAAAAGGGAAAAAAUAAACCUUUAAUAUUAUAAAAAUAAAAAUAUAAUAACAAUCAUUAAACAAAAAAAA